AUGAAUGUACCAUUUUAUUCUGAAAAUACUCACUCUCGUUCUGCCCAUAUGUCUUCAAUACGUCAACCUUCGGUAACGACUCGAACAUCUUAUAUACAUUUAUGUCCUCAUGUUAAUAAGAAGCCUAAUCUAUUCGGUGCUACUCAACGAAAACAUUCUCAUCCUUAUCAUAAAUUCCAAACUGGUUCAACAACGACAUUUUCUGGCUACACUAAUAUAACUGGUACCUUUACAAAACCAAAUCAUCAAAUUCAUAAUGUUCAACCAAAAUCACAAUUACAUUCAAAUAAUACUAAUGAUAUACGUCCACUCAUGUCUAUUAAUUGUUUUCAAGAACCUCCAAUAAAAAAUCGUCGUACUUUACAACAUGCUGAAAAAUAUCGAAAUCAAGCUUCACCAAUGAUAGAAUGUUAUGCAAAUGAUAAUUUCAGAACAUCAUCAACAUUAAAUCAAUUGAAUGGAAUAAUUCUAUCCGAUUCUAUGUGUAAAUAUGUAUGUCCAGAUAAAGUAAGUUCUCAUGGUAUAAAGGUAAAUAUAUCUUUUGAAUCUGGUUGUGACUGCAACCGGAUGCUUGACUUUCUUGAAAAACAGCAACAAAUGAUUAAUAAUGACAUUAAAAAAAAUGAUUUUUUUGUUUUUUCUUUAUGUACAAAUGAUGUUGCUAAUGUAGGAGUAGAUAUUGCUAUCGAACGUUGUCGUUUUCUAAUACAACGUACUCGUCAACUCUUUCCUCAAAUAAAAACCAUUGGAUGGCUUGCACUAUCGCCAAGAACGAAGCCAUCGAGAUUAUAUAGUUCUCUAGAUAUCAAUCAAUGUUAUAAAAAAUUCAAUCAACUUCUUUAUAAUCUAUCAAAUGAAAUGAAUUUUAAAAUGAUUAAUGCCAACUUACAAGAACCACAUAUGCAUCAAGAUGGACUUCAUCCAUCGAUUGAAUCAGGUCGUAUUAUUAUUGAAAGAACUCUACAUAGUUGGUUUGCACAACAAAAAAAUCUUUUCCCAUCUAUUUCUACACUAGAUAAUCAUUCCAACAUACCAUUUGUAACAGCAAAAACAACACAACAUCACAACCAAACAUUUAAAUCAACACACAUCCAACGACAAGAAAUAUAUACAAAUAAUCACCAACCAGAUAUGAAAAUGCACCAUAAACAACAACAUAAUAAUAAUAAUCAUAAUAUUAACAAUGUUAACCAACAAUAUUACAACCGACGCAAUAACAAUAAGACAAAUCAUCAACAUCAGAUUAACAUUAAAAAUAAUUAUACUAAGAACAAUCAACAUCAAAGAAAUAUUAAUAAUAAUAAUAAUAAUAGGAAAAACAAUUAUUAUGAUCAUUCUAAUAUUAUUAAAAAAAAUCAUCGACAACAUAGUAAUAUCAAUGAUAACAAUAAUAAUGAUGAAAACAACUUUCAAUAUCCAUCGAAGAAAAAUACAAACAAUAUACAAAGUAAUACCUU